AUGGACUCAAAUUUAGAACUUAUUCCAAGAAUUUAUCAGGCUCAAAUAGAAGAAAUUGCAUUUAGAAAAAAUACAAUCAUACAUUUACCUACAGGUUCUGGUAAAACUUUAAUUGCAAUAAGACUUAUUAAACGAUUGAGACAUACUUUUCAAAAACCAUGGGGAGAAGGAGGAAAGCGUUGCUUUUUUUUAGUAAAUAAUGUUCCACUGGUAACUCAACAAAAAAAAGUGAUUGAGCAUCAGUGUCCAGUUGAUGGUGUAGCUGGUUUCUGUAGUGAAGAUAAAGUUGAUUACUGGGAUAAAAACAAAUGGGACUAUGAACUCUCUAAGCAUGAGGUGAUAGUGAUGACAAGUCAAAUUCUUCACGAUAUGAUUACACAUAAAUUCAUAAAAAUUGAAGAUAUAAGUCUGAUCAUAUUUGAUGAAUGUCACCAUGCAGUAGACGACCAUCCUAUGCGAUUGGUGAUGAAACAUUUUGAGUUAUGUCCAGUAAACAAACAGCCUAGAAUACUUGGUUUGACAGCAACUCUUUUGAAUAGCAACGUAAAGUUAAGCAAAGUUGAGGAGAAUUUGCGUAAUUUAGAAAUUACAUUUCACGCAACAAUCGCUACAGCCAAUGACAUGGGAGAAGUUGCUACGCAUUCAACAAAUCCGCAUGAGUUAGUUCAAUAUUAUAAAACACCGUCGAUGAAUGACGCGGCUCUAGAAGCAAUAGUUCUUCUCUCUGAACUUCAAUCGAAUGUUAUGUCUGUCGAUUUGCCUAAACCUGUACUUAAUCCAGAUGUGAAAUUGAAACCAUGGCAACUUGAUAUAUCUACGGACCCUGCAAAGAUUAUAAAAUCAGUGAAGAACAUGAUACAAUCUAUGAUAGAAACGAUAAAGGAAAUGGGAAUUUACGGUGGUGCAAUUGCAAUACUUUCUUAUAUUGUCGCCUUUGAAAGAAGAAAACGUUGGGCCGCCACACAAGAAGAAGAACUGCUAUAUACUAUAGUUAUAACACAUUCUAUUGAGGCUAGAAUGGUUCUUAUUGAAGCUAUGAAAGAGAAAGUAGGCUAUGAUAAGAUCGUAAAAUAUUCGUCACCAAAAGUACUACAGCUUUUGAAUGUACUGAAAGAAUAUAGUCCAGUGAACUGCUCAGCAGAUGAUGUUUUAUUAAAAAUAAAUCACAAACGAAAUGCACUUUCCGCGCUUAUUUUGACUCAGCAAAGAAGUACGUCUAAGAUUUUGUUCAAUAUUUUGAAAGACGUAAAAGAAACUAAUCCUGUUGAAUUUGGUUUUUUGCAACACGAUUUUGUUGUUGGUUUUAACAUAAAUCCUUUGACACACACAAGAGAACAAUAUUACACAAAGAAAUUAAGUCUACAGGCAUUGCUGAAAUUUAAAAAUGGAGAUCUAAAUUGCUUAAUAUCUACUAGUGUGUUAGAAGAAGGGAUAGACAUACCUCAAUGCCUGCUUGUAGUGCGAUACGACGAACCAUUGGAGUACAGGUCUUAUAUACAGAGUAAAGGUCGUGCUCGUAGUAAGGAAGCAAAUUUUGUUAUAUUAGUAGCGGAAGAUAAAAAAGAAAAGUUUGUUGGAAAAUUCAAAGAGUUUCAAAAGAUAGAAGAAUAUAUAUAUGGUUUGCUACAUGGGAAUACAUUAGAAAGAGACGCUCCCACUGAAGAUGAUAUACAAGAAAAUUGUUAUGUCGAUAACAUACAACCUUAUUAUACAAAAAGUGGAGUUCGGCUUCCAGCAGAGUCUGCAAUAAGUCUAGUAAAUCGGUAUUGUAAUUUAUUACCGCAUGAUCAAUUCACAAAGAUCGCACCGAUGUGGGUACAAGAAAAGGUUCAUAAGAAUGGAGAGUUACAUCGACUUAUCACUAUAAUAAUGCCCAUAUCUUGUCCAGUCAAGGAACCUGUACAAGGUACACCACAGGUGAAUUUAAAAUCAGCUAAGCGAUCAGCUGCUUUAAAUGUUUGCAAAAGACUUCAUGAAAUGAAGGAAUUAGAUGACGACUCUUUACUGCCCCGACAAUAUGGGAAAAUAGAUUUUGAUUCAGUAGAUGUAAAAGAUUGCUUUCCCAACUGGCGUGAUGAAGUUUUUGAGGAAAAGAAAAAGGAUGUACCAAUACCUGGAACUAAAAGACGUGUAAGGAAACACCCGAAAGUAUACCCCAAGUGUUUGAAUGGCCCGAAAAUUUGUAAUUAUGCAAACCAAGUAUUUUACUUACAUAUUAUAAAAUUGAAUACUGCAUUUGAUGAGCCAAAAGAUUCUAGAGAGCGCGCCUUAUUUAGCCUUCUUCGAAGAAAAGAGGGUUAUGGUUUUUUGACAUUACAAAAGUUGCCUAACAUAUGUAGCUUCCCGAUGUUUCUAACAGUUGGUGAAGUUAAUACCUCUCUAGAAAUGAAUUAUGCGACUGUUAAAAUUAAUUUGGACGUCUUCGAACUUGUUAAAGAAUUUCAUUUCUUCAUAUUCGACCAAGUACUAGAAGUGGCAAAGAAGUUUCUUAUUUUUGAUGGCACAUGCAACAACCUUUACGUUGUUCCAAUCAAAAUCAAUGAUAAUAACGGGUAUGACAUUGAUUGGGAAAUCAUGCAAACUCAUAAAGAGAUACGUCCAGUAGCCGAGCCCCCUGCGCAGGAGAGAAUAUCUUUAAAAGUUACGGAAGAAGUAUAUAAGAACUCUGUUGUUACUCCUUGGUACAGAGGCAGUAUUUUGCCGGACAGGUACAUUGUAACAAAUGUGCUUGAGCAUUUGACGCCACAAUCUAACUUCGAUUCGGAUUGUUUUGUAUCAUACGCGGACUAUUACUCGAGUAAAUACAAUCUGGAGAUCAUCGGCAAAAAAGAUCAACCAUUGCUUGAGGUGCGCAAUAUAAGCACGCGCAUGAACUGCCUGCUCCCGCGCGCCGCGACCAUAGAUAAGUUCACGGACAAGCAGCGCAAGCUGGUGUCGCUCGCGCAGGGCGACGACAAGCCGCGCGCCUUCAGCGAGCUGUUCAUACCGGAGUUCUGCAUACACUACGCGUUCCCCGGCGUGCUGUGGUACAAGGCCGUGCUCCUGCCGAGUAUUAUGCACAGAGUAAAUAUGUUGUUGGUCGCGGAGGAGCUGCGCUCUGAGAUAGCAAACUGUAUGAAUAGCGGACGAAAGGAUUUAUUAAAGGGAGAAGAUUGGCUGCCGAUAGAAGUGGAUCUACCGGUAGCAAUGAAAUCUCUCCUUUCUAAUGUCGAAGAACCUGUGGCGAUGAACAGCAUUGAUAGAAUCAAUAACCCCAUCGAUGAAAGUGCACAAAAACCGCUCAACAUUAUGUCUGUCAAAGAAAGCGUGUAUCAGUUGCAGAAAAAGAAAAUAAGCAAAGAGUACCCUUGGGAUGAAUCGAAAGAGCCGAUCGACGUUGAUCGCAACCUAUCUACAGUGACGGUGAUGGACGUAGAAUGCUACGACUCGUUCGUAUCUGCUCCUCUCUUCACCAUCGAGACGGAAGCCGUACCAGCGGUCGGACGGUCGCUAGUACGGCCCAAUACAUCUGCAGCAAUACUGCCGCCGCCGUUAAAAUAUAUAGACAAGAUAAAACUCCUGUCGAAGACUCUAAGUAGUCGUGGUCCAGAGUUACGCGAUAUAUUGGCAGCUCUCACAACAAUCAAUUCGCACGACACAUUCAAUUUGGAAAGAGCAGAAACUUUGGGCGAUGCUUUCCUAAAAUUCGCUACUAGCUUGUUUCUAUUCCAUAAGUUCCCUCAGUUAGAUGAAGGGCAAUUGACUAAUAUCAAAGGCCGACUUCUUGGAAACAGGAACCUAUACUACGCCGGUGAGCGCAUCAAUUUGGGCGGGAGAAUGAAAGUAGAACAAUUUAGUCCGAGACGUGACUUCGUCGUUCCUGGAUUCUUCGCGCCGCCCGAACUGGUCUCCAUCAUCGAAGAAAAAAAAGUUAGUAUGUUUGUUAUUCAUUUUAUUGCAUUACUAGGUGUC